AUGAAUCGCGAAACGGUAAAUGCGGAGAAGUACUCGCUAUUGCAGCUGAAGGCCUGGUGCGCUGCGGUAGCCGUCAAUGCCAGCGGUGCAAAAGCGUCAUCCGCCGCCAGGUUGAGCGAGCUUUCUGUGGAGGCGCGAGGAUCAUGUCCAGUAGACAAGGCAGGCGAAAAAAGUGUUUUAGACGGUGGCGACGACGAAAAUACGGGAAACGCAGCUCAGCAACAGCGCGGGAAAAGUGUGUCCAGAAACAACGAUGAGCACAACGUGGAGAACAACGGUGAGAACAAUGAGGAAAACAACGGUGGGAACAACGGUGUGAACAACGUGGAAAACGACGGUCCGAACAACGGUCAGAACAAUGGUCCGAGUAACAAUCAAGACAAUGGUCCGAGUAACGGUCAACACAACGGCGAGGAAAACAUCGAGAAUAGCUAUGGUACAGACGACGAUGAUGGCGCGGUGUACGUGCGGAACGUAUUGUCAUGUACACAUAGCGGUACAUUUGGGCACCGCUUAUCGGAGUACAGUUCGAGUGACGGCAGAGCAAGCAACAACGGUGAGACAGCACAGCCCAUACCCGAUAGCGUUGAACAAGUAACCUGA